UAUUUACCAUUUUGAUUUCAAAUUAAACUUAACUGAAAUUUCAAACUUUUGCAAAUUUUUCAUAGAAUAAUCGUUAAUUUAAGUGUUUCAAUCCACAGACGUUAACACACAUUAUGAACAUUGAAAAUAAGAAUUGAAAUACCAAAUACCAAUUGAAAUACAAAGUGCAGCGUAGACUUGAAAAGAAAAUUGGUUACCGCAGUGUGUGAAGACUGUAAAGCUUGAAAUGGGUUCAGUUUCGAAUUGCAAAGAAAACUGGAGGAAUGAUAAUUGGCAACAACGGCAGCGAUCAUCACAGUUUGAUACGGGUUCCAUUCAGGAUCAUGAAGAAAACUGGGAUGAUGAAGAUUGCUCACAACAGCAGCAACUAUCACAGCACAGAGAACUGCCAAGACCAGUUUCAAGUUUCAAUAAUCGACCAGCUUAUUCUACUUCAUUUCAAUCCAAGCCAUCUGGUUCAAGCCAUUCAAAUAGACACAGCAAUAGAUCAAGUAUUUCUCGUGGUCAUAAAGAUAAUGACAAAAUAAUAAAGAUUCCCUCGAAAAAAUUAGGACGCCUCAUAGGAAGGGGUGGAUGUAAUAUACAAAAUAUAAGAAAAUCAAGUCAGUGCAUGAUAAAGACAGGGGUUGAAAAUUUUUAUGACACAGAAAUUAUUUUGAUUGGAUCUAAAUCAAAUCAAGAAAGAGCUGAAGCGCUUAUAAAUGAACUGUUGUUUGAUCAUGAUUCUAAAAAAUCUACUGAAACUAUUGACCAUGUUACUGAAGAAUUAGCUGAAGUUUCUAUUGAAGAGAAUAAUAGAACUGAUGAUGAUGAAUUUCCUGACUGGGCCGCCUUAAUUGCAAAAAGUAAAAAGUAUACAGAAGAAAAAUGGGCUAAAUUUCCUCCUGUCAUUAAGAAUUUUUAUGUGGAACACCCAGAAGUUACCCAAUUGAGUCCUGAAGAGGUUGAAGAUAUAUUUAAAGCGAAUAAUGUAACUGUAUCAUUCCUUGAAGCCAAAGAUGAAUGUUGUGCAGAACCGAUACCAAAUCCUAUUCAAACAUUUGCACAAUGCUUUAAUCAGUUUCCUGAAAUGUUACAGCAGAUAGAACGGCAAGGUUUUCAAAAGCCCUCCCCUAUUCAAGCUCAUAGUUGGCCAAUUUUACUUAGUGGUAAAGAUAUGAUAGGAAUUUCUCAAACAGGAUCAGGUAAGACGUUGGCAUUCAUCUUACCGGCAUUGGUGCAUUUGCAUGGGCAGUCUGUGAAAUCUAAUGAGCCAUCAGUUCUAGUUUUGGCUCCAACCAGAGAACUAGCUCUGCAAAUUGAGUCAGAGGUUUUAAAAUAUCCUUAUAAAGAAACAAAAGUUUUAUGUGUAUAUGGUGGUGUGAAUCGUAAAGAACAAAGAGAUUGCCUCACCCAGGGUGCUCAUAUAAUUGUUGCAACGCCAGGGCGUUUGAAUGAUUUCCUAGAAUCUAAAGAUAUAAAUAUAGAGGGUGUGACAUAUCUUGUCCUGGAUGAAGCUGAUCGCAUGCUAGAUUUAGGUUUUGAACCUCAGAUAAGAAAAAUUCUUUCAUAUUUAAGACCACAAAGACAAACAGUUAUGACAAGUGCUACUUGGCCUUAUGCAAUUUCUGAUCUUGCACAGCACUAUAUGGCUAAUCCUGUACUGGUUCGGGUUGGGUCUCUAGAUUUAACUCCAGUUGCCAGUGUUACACAGGAAAUAGUUUUAUUGCAAGAAGAUGAAAAGAUUGAUGCAGUUAUCACAUUUCUUAAAACUUUGAAAGAUAAUGAAAAGGCCAUUAUCUUUUGUGGAAAGAAAGCCACUGUAGAUAUGAUUUCGUGUGACAUACAGCUGGAAGGCAUUAGGUGUGAUUCUAUACAUGGUGGAAGGGAACAGUAUGAUAGAGUUCGUGCCCUCGAUGAUAUUAAAAGUGGUGCUAUUUCAAUACUUAUUGCAACUGAUGUAGCUUCAAGAGGCAUUGACAUAAAGGACAUAACGCAUAUUUUGAAUUAUGAUUUUCCUCACACUAUUGAGGAAUAUGUUCAUCGUGUUGGAAGAACUGGCCGUGCUGGAAAAACUGGAAAAUCUAUAACAUAUGUAACCAGAAAUGAUUGGAAACUUGCAAAGGAUCUUAGGAAGAUUUUACAAGAUACUAAUCAGGUAGUCCCAGAAGAAAUAAAUAGGAUGUGUGAUGCUUAUGAACAGUUUUGCCGCCGCCGUCAGUUAUCUGGAAGGCGUUAAAAAAAGAUCUGAUUCGUAUAAAUGAUUAGUAUAGAGUAUCUCAUUUGUUUUUAA